UAAUUUUUUUUCCCAAGUAAAACCCUUUUGCUGAUGAAACGACGCCGUUUCAAAGCCAACAAAUGGGUAAAUUCCUGCGCCUCCAAUUUCCCACGGUUUUAGAGAGAGAAACAAUCUAGGAGAGAGAAAGCUAUUAUGAACGUCAAUGACGGAACCCAACUUGAUUUCGAAAUCCCAUCAAAACCCAGUUGCAGAUGAAUGGCAAGAGCUUUAAUUCGAGACAUUUCUUGUCUCUUUCUUCCUGCAUUUCGAUGUAAUUACUCAUCUUCUACUAAUAAUCUCCCUCUUUCUCAUCAAAUUUUGACCUGCAUCAAUUCUCAAUGGUUGAAGAAGAACAAAAUCAAAGAACUUUAUGCAGUUUUGAUAACUUCUGAUCGCGUGAAAAUCCCUUUUUUUGGAUGUAAGUUGCUCAAAUUUUCAUCCCAAUUUGGUGAUUUGCGUGAUGCUUUGUGGGUUUUUCACAGCAUUGAUUUUCCAAAUAUAGUUUGUGUUAACAAUGUGAUCAAAGCUUAUGCUGGUAGUAUUUUCCCAUUGGAAGGUGUAAGGUUUUAUUUUGAGACACUGAAAUCUGGGAUUUUUCCUAAUUCUUAUACUUUUCCGCCAUUAUUGAAUUGUUGUGCUAAAGAGGGUAGUUCUAGGAUAGGUGAAAUGUGUCAUGGUCAAGUUAUUAAGAAUGGGUUUGAUGGUGUGGUGCAGAUACAGAGCUCAUUGAUUCAUAUGUAUGAUUGUUGUGGGAUUAAUGAGGUUGCCUUGAAGGUGUUUGAUGUAAUGCCUGAGAGAGAUUUAGUGUCCUGCAGUGAUGGGUUUGUGAAUGAUGGUGAUUUUUCAAAUAUAGUUUAUUUUAACAAUGCGAUUAAAGCUUAUUCAGGUAGUAUUUUGCCAUUGAAAGGUGUAAGGAUUUAUUUUGAGAUGCUGAAAUCUGGGGUUUUUCCUAAUUCUUAUACUUUUCCGCCAUUGUUGAAUUGUUGUGCUAAAGAGGGUAGUUCUAGAAUAGGUGAAAUGUGUCAUGGUCAAGUUAUAAAGAAUGGGUUUGAUGGUGUGAUGCAUAUACAGAGUUCAUUGAUCAAUAUGUAUGCUUGUUGUGGGGUUAUUGAUGUUGCCUUGAAAGUGUUUGAUUUAAUGCUUGAGAGAGAUGUGGUGUCCUGGAACUCUAUCUGUGACGGGUUUGUGAAAGUUGGUAAUUUGAGAAAUGCACACAACUUGUUCGAUUCAAUGCCUGAGAGAAAUGUAGUGUCUUGGAACAUUAUGAUGACAGGUUACUUAGAAAGGCUCAAUCCUGGGUAUGUGUUAAUACUUUGUAGGCAGAUGAUAGAAAGCGGAAUAUUGGGGAAUGAUACGACUAUGGUUAAUGUGCUUGCAGCUUGUGGGAGAUCUGCUAGGUGGAAAGAGGGAGCAUCAAUACAUGGUUUCCUUGUGCGAAGGCUAUGGAAUUUAAGCUUGAUAAUGAACACCGCUCUCAUUGAUAUGUAUAGUAAAUGCAAAAAGGUCGAGGUGGCUCGUAGUAUAUUUGAUGGCCUACUCCAGAGGAAUUUGGUGUGUUGGAAUUCAAUGAUAUUAGGGCAUUGUCUUAACGGAAAUCCUAAUGAUGGACUUCAUUUAUUUGAAGAUAUGAUGUAUAAGAUGAAACUAGAUAGUGAAGCUGAAGGUCAGAGGUAUGUGCAUGUAGGCGGAAGACAUCAAGUGCUUCCUGAUGAAAUCACUUACGUCGGUGUUAUAUGCGCAUGUACACGAGCAGGGCUAUUGGAAGAAGGAAGAUUUUAUUUUGAUCAGAUGGAGAAUUUGUUCGGCAUAAAGCCCAAUUUUGCGCAUUAUUGGUGCAUGGCAAAUCUACUGGCAAGUAAGGGGCUGGUGCAAGAAGCACUAGCCACUGUAAAGAAAGUAAAUGAGUUUGUUGUUGAUGUGUCGUCAGAGUCAUUGUUGUGGGCUAGUUUAUUUGGUUCAUGCCGAUUCCAAGGUGAUUCAUCUAUUGCAGAACAAGUUGCAAAAACAUUGAUUGAACUAGAGCCACAAAAUACAAUGUGCUAUGCACUACUCUUGAAUAUUUACGCUGCUGCCGGUAGGUGGGAGGAUGCUGAUGAGGUGAAGGAACUGAUGUAUAAAAGAGAGGCUGGCAAAGUGUACGGUGGUAGUCUUGUAGACUUGAUAGAAAUUGUUCACAAUUUUAGAUUAGGAGAUGGGAAAGAGUAUGCAGUGGAGAUAGCCAAACUGGUUAUUGGUGGAGAAGCUGUUGACGUCCAAGAGAGCAAGACUGAAAGUCAAACUUAGUAUCAGGCUCAUGUUAUAUCACUCAUGUGGGAUGUCUUAACUGAUGUAAAUCAAUGCAAGUUGCCAAAUACGGUAAAUGGUGUUGUUGAUGGAAGAUGAUGGAAUAACUCAGGAGGCGAAUGGGGAGAGCCUUCUUGAGGUCAGAAAACUCCCUUACACACAUUGACAUCUCAAGUUUUACUGUAUUAUUUUAGUAACAACUUGAGUGAAAUAUUCCCCUUUUUGUCACCAAAUAACAAAUUGUGAUGUUCAUUUUUAAAAUGAGUACUUACAUAGUUUUAUAUCUACCCGGAGCCUUGUAAUUUGCAUACUCUUUUGAUGCUACACUGGCUCUUUGUUCGCAUGAACGUUUUGCUUAUGGUUGCACCUCUGAUUUAAAUCAAAUCUAAGGUCAGUGAAACUUCAUAUGUAAA